AUGGCUACUACCGGUGGCAUCGCGUCUGCUAUUGCGUCUGGUGGUGCUGGCGGAGGCGGCAAGAAACCGAACGACUUUCGUGCUGCUGGAGGCGAUAAGGACUCAGCGCUGUACCUCUACAGCAUUAAGUCCGCGAAACAGUACAUUCUUGAGUGGCUCGAGGCGAACAAGUCGCGCCCUCUUGACACUGCUUUCGUCCGCGAACUCGCGCACUUUAUUUGGCAGCUCCAGCAGCAGGGUAUCCCCCUUGGCGAACACCAAAGGCUUCUUGCUGUCCACCGUGACGACGACGAGGCGUACCUUGCUGCCUCUUCGCUGCGGUUCAAGGGCACCACUCCGAGCGUCCAUCAAUUCUUUGGCAUGGGCACUCAGCGUGGCUAUUAUGACUCUAACGUCGAAGCCGUCAUUCAGCAGGCCGCCGCCAGUAACCGAUCCUAUGCUGGCGACUCGCGCUGCAACCACUGUAAGAAGCCGACUGCUAAUAUCCAGUUCGCCAACUGCUCCCAGUCCUACUAUCAGGGCAUGCUGUUGAACUGGGGUGCCUGCAAUGAGUGUGUUCUAAAUGGUGGCACGACUAAGUGCUCUUUUUAUUCAAGGCCAUUAGUCCCUGCGGGCGCCGCGUCCCCAUCGCUCCAGGAAGUCCUCGCUACUCAGUCGACGAGUCGUCCGAACCACCCGAACUUCCCAUCGCCAGGUCGUCGAGAGCGCGCGCUUAGUGGAGCGUCCCGUAUGUCCAUCGGCUCGCCCCCUCCGGAUCGCAGGUCGUCGAUUGGUUCGCCCCCUGCGCGUGGCUCUCCGCUAGGUCCUCGAGGUCGUGGUGCUGGUCGUGGCUCCGGCCCUCCAUCCGGCCCUGCCUCUCCUCCUGCCUAG